AUGAUAACCAAGGCUUGUGGGCUCGUAGUGGCCCUGGUUGGUGAUUCUGUAGUGGGGUCUCACUCGGAUGCCGACUGUCGGGCAUCGAUGGAGUCCACAGUGUGUAGACCCUUCGAGGACUAUAUGGCCACUGGAGGGACCAGCGUGGUCGGGUUGGUCCAUGCCGUUUCUGCUGUGGAGAACGUUUGUGCUGAGCAGCUCUACGCAUCGUCAUCAUCGACUUGCGGGUGCCCCCACCUACUGGAGAGCAUCCAGCCCAGCCACUUCUAUGAGCUGACCAGCGCCCUGGCCAUGUCCUCCUCUUCAAUCGUAGCUUCCGAGACAGCCUCCCAUCGGCAACUCACCACAGCAGCGGUGGUCAUGGGGAAGGUCAGGCUGCCCUACCCAGUGGUGAUGGACCCGAGGAGUCGGACCUCGAUGGAUGGUAUAAAGGACGCUAUGGUCAAUGCUCUGGCGGCUGCUGGCUUCAAUCCUGUCUACACUAUCAUCCGAGAUGUUGCUAAGGAUGGCCUCUUUGCCCAGCUGGUCUUCUCGACCGAGCCGAUGCACGUCCCUGUUGGUAGUGGGCUCACACCAGAGCAGCACGAGGAGAUGGUCAGGACGGCCUAUAGGGCCCUGCAUGAAUGCUUGGACGAGCUCAUACCCCCGUCGACUGGGGAGGCUCCUUUCCAACUGGACGUGUUCCGGGGAUGCCCUCUGGAUGCCUCUCCCAUGGAGGUCGAGGGAGAGAUAGAGAUCCUGAAUGCUGAGCCCACUCUGGGGUUCCGGGAUAGGGUUAACACUGUAUUGCGGCAGGCGCUGUCAGAGGACCUCGAUCUGACCUUUAGGAACGGGGUCACUGGAGAGGACAUGACGGUAGCCACCAGUCCACGAGGCACCAUUGUGGCCCACACCUUUGCCGGGAGCUUGGUCAGUUUCACCAUCUACACUGAUGUCAAUGGUGGAGGCCUCCGACCGCAUAUGGACGUCCUGGCCGACCUGAGGGACCUGAGGAGGCACCUGGCCGCGGCUGGUAUUAAAAGUGUGAUCAGAGUUAAUGAUGUCCGCAGCCUUGGUGGGGUCACCUACAACACCAAGCGGGUCCUCUACUCCUAUUGUCAUGGGCUCGGGGUCCUGACCAGGGCAACUCCUCGAGAGGCCUUGGUCCCACCGGAGAUGGCAUGGGAUAGAGAGGCUACUCAGAGUGCACUGUUUGGUGAGAUCGUGAAGGCCCAUUAUGGCCAGGAGAAGGACGGCGGUGAGCCAAGUGUGCUGAUGGAGAUGGGUCGUAGAGAGGAUGGGGAGGAGGAGGAGGGGCUGCCGGAGGUGGAUGAUGGGCCUGAAGGGAGGGUAGAUGAAAUGCCCGAGGCUGGAAUCGAACCAGGGAUCUCUGAUGGAGAGAGCCCGGAGGACAGAGUGAUGGAUGCAGUAUUUGGUAAGGAGGAGCCCCCUGAGGAGGACUCACCCUUGAACCCUGUGGUCCCCGAUGGGAUGGACGAGGAUGGCCGUGAACCUGAGAUGGGAGCCGGCAUGGGGGAGAGAGAUCCCGAACCAGAGGAAGGGGCCCGGGAAGACCCUUCGGGGGCACCAGAGGAGGAGGGGUCCUCCGCGGACCAGCCAUGGUCCCCCAACGUAGCUGAUGUUGGGCAACCAUCGCAGCCUCAGCCCGGUUCUCGAGUGCCGAGGGUCCGGAGUGGCGAGUUGAAGGGCAUGGCUACUACAAUGGGUGGAGUGAAGUCACCGGUGUUGCCGUAUAGGCUUACCCCGGGUCAGCGCACAUUCAAGAUGCCCAUUGUAACGCGUGUGGCGGGGGUGGUCCACUAUGCUCCUCUGUUCGCCCCUCAUCCCUUCCAACCCCGUAUCCUCUUCCAUCCGCCGGCACCACAUCCCCCUAGGGCCAUGGUCCUCCAGAUGCCCUCAGCGGCCCAGACGGAGGAGUGUGCCGUCGAUGAUGAUGAUGUUGCCAACACAGCUCAACCGGAACAUAGUGGAGUCCCUCAUGCGGUAGAGUAUAGGAAUGUGCUGGCCCCGCAGGAGGAGGACUUCGUGGUGGGCCACAUAGGGAGGUUCCCUGAGCCGGCUCUGGAGACUGCCCUGACCUGGGUGGACAAGGUGGCCCUCUCGACGGUGGAGGGGCUGAGGGAGAAGAUGGAGCAUCUCUACGGCAAGUACCCGAGCACGGCUAACACGAGGGCCUUCGCUCGGUUUGUUAAGGAUGGUCUUUUCGAAGGGGACAUAGGGCCCAUCAGGACCAUGAGGGGUCUUCGGAAUGCCAUUAAGCACGUCAGUGAGAUCUUUCCUCGGUUCGCCUCCUUCCGUGCUGGAGUGGCCACCAUACUGGACUCGUGGAUCCUCCUCCUGACCUCUCCAGAUAAGCACACCCUAGUCUCGCUCUUCCGAGAGGCCCCGUCGGAGAUCUAUGCCCUAAUGGACGCCAAUGGGGACGGUCUCAUCUCCUUUGACGAGUUCACAGCCUUUGGCCGUACCAUUGCCGCACCCUCAUUCGUCUUUUCUAGGGAGGCCUUCGAGGGGAUGCUGUCGGAGGAAGAAGGGGAGAGUGUUCGAGUGCAGGACUUUGAGGAGUUGUAUAGGACCAUCGCCCAGGGGAGGCAACAAUUGAGUGCCUCGAUAGCGGACAAGGCGGUCCAGUUGGUGAUGGACUCCCUCACCCUCGAGAGCCGUUUCUCGGACCUGGAUGGGGGCCGCCACAACGACCUCUCUUUGGAAGACAUCGGCUGGAAAGGCCCAGUGGGGGAGGCUCUCUUCUUCUACCUAGACUCUAACAGGGACGGCGUCUUGUCUCGUUAUGAAUGGCAAAGGCUGGUGAUCAUCCACCGGGCGCCGUUGCUGGUCCGCCGGUUCGCCUUGUGGGUGGCACAUAGGGUGGGGGACAACCUCCUGCCAUACUCGGUAGAGCCUUUUGUGACUCGGGCUAAGGAGCGUCUAGGGAGCAUGCCCGAGAGGUAUGUGCCGGUUAUCAAGGGGGCUCUGGACUCCUUAGGAGCAGGUGAGCCUUCGGAUGGUGACUACGGCCUCCUGCGAGCCAUGGCUGGUGGUAACGAGAUGAACAACUUGGUGGCCACGGAGUUCUAUCUGGGUUAUGGUCGCCGCCCGCGACUCACCUCGAAAGCACUGGGUGCGGAUCACCGGGACAGGCGACACCACCGAGGCCAUCACCAUCACCGCCACCACCAUCAUGGACCGACCUCCUCCUUUCUCGAGGAAGGACCGCAGUGGAGUCGGCUGCCAUUGGAGUACAGUCUGAGAAAGCUCUCGCCGACGACUCGAGUCAGUGCUAGGGACUUUGCAGAUUUCGGCAAGUCUAUAAAGGCCCCAACCGCUGUGUUUUCUCGGACUGCCUACGACCUUCUGGAGUAUCCUUCUGGUCGAGACGCUGAGGACCUACUGUCUACCAAGAGUGAUGUGUUGCAUGCUGUAUCGAAGGACCUUAGGAAUCACCGUCGCAUUCAUCUCAUUUUGGACUCUCUAGUAUUGGGCCGACGUUUUAAGGAGUUGGAUGCCAACGGUGAUGGAGAGCUCUCGUUGAAGGAGCUGGGGCUGGGAGCAGCUGAUCGAGCGGUCUUUGCUGUGGUGGACCUAGACGGCUCCAACACGUUAUCUUUGGGCGAGCUUCAGAGGUUGGCUGGCUUUGGAGAGGACACGGUCCCUGCUAGUGCGAUCUUAUUGGCUCAGAAAGUGCAAGCUAAGGCGGACGGCCCGGUAGAGGCCUAUGUUGCUGCAGCUAUGCGGGCCAUGGAGGGCUUCACGGGUUUUGAGAGCGCCGAGAUAGGGGAGCUUCUUGAUUUUGAUGACGAUGGCUACAUCGACCAUCGUGAAAUUGCCAUGCUGAGGGUCUUGUCGAUGCCCCAAGGGGUGGCCAAGUAUCUGCCACAGUCAGCUUAUGUGAUGGAUAAGAUUGACAUCGGCGUUGGAUGGUCCGAGGGGGACUUCACCAAGAUGGGCUUGGGCCUGCAGGCCAACCGUCGGGCCUUCUCCCAUAAGAGCUUCGAGUCGCUGGCCCAGUUGUGGGACGGGAGGAUACCGAGGGAGGCUGUGGAGGUGUGGAUGAACGCCGUCCGCCACAAGCGGUUACGGCGGCUUCUGGCGGUCUUCUCUGCGGUAAACACGGACGCCUUCUUUACGGCAUUCGAUGGGAAUAAGGACGGCAAGCUGAGUGCUGAUGAGCUCCGACGCUGGAUGGGCAAUUUCCCUUUGGUCAGCCUCGUGACGGUCCUGGAGGUCCUCGGCCAAGGUGAGGGCGACCAGAGGGGUAUAACUCGAGAGGGGCUACAGAGGUUCUCCUUUCACUUCGCGGUCGGCCCAGCUGUGAAGCUACUAGCAUUGAGCAGUAUUCCACGGUCGGCUGCCGCCACCCCGGAGAAGUUCGUGAAGGAGUUCUCCACAGUGUUGGCACGAGUGAAGUCCCCUCGGGUCCGGGCGAAGAUUGUCCAUGCUCUCGAUCUGGAUGGCAAUGGUGAGCUUAGCCGAGGGGAGAUUCUUGGUCUCCGAGUUCUGCAUCAAACAGAGUUCCUCCUCCUCUUUGAAAGUCUCCUCCAUCACGGCUUCGCUACCAUCACUGAGGCCAAGGCCAGCAGUUUCUUGGAGGAGGCCAGGAGCUCGGAAGUGGUGCUAACGGAAGGCUAUGCUGAAGGAGCCUUCGUGGAGCUGGACUCGGUCUAUCAAGUGCUUAGUCCGAGUGCCCUCCAUGGCCGUAGGAAGGGGCAUCAUUCGCAGUGGUCCCGGCGGUCGGAGGGGAAGAGGAGGAAGGGAAGGAGGCAUCAACAGGGCAGCGAUGGAAGCGUGAGGGAGGCCCCUGAUCAACAACACGGUGGUGGUAUUGCCGAGGCUCAGCCGUCACGAGGGAGUUUGGCGUCGGAGGCCUCCGCAUUGAUGGCCGCAGCGGAGGGUAUGGGCGACGGACGGCACGAGGAAGGGGUUAUUGAUGGUGUUGGAAGGGACCACCACAGAGACGCGGUUGAGGAGGUGAAGCCGGACCAUGCAGGGGAUCAUUACAGUGAGACCGUUGAGGAGGUGAAGCCGGACCAUGCAGGGGAUCAUUACAGUGAGACCGUUGAGGAGGUGAAGCCGGACCAUGCAGGGGACCAUUACAGUGAGACCGUUGAGGAGGUGAAGCCGGACCAUGCAGGGGAUCAUUACAGUGAGACCGUUGAGGAGGUGAAGCCGGACCAUGCAGGGGACCAUUACAGUGAGAGUCCUCAAGAACAACGAGUUUCAAAUGAGUCUGUGGAGUCGGGCCAAGAACCUCCUCGUCGGGACGCCCCAAUUCAGGAUGCAGCAGGGGAGGGCACUACCCCCAGGUCGGGGGCAGCUGGGGUGAGAGAAGGAAGGGAGGCGGCCGUUGAUAAUGCGGGUGAUGAGGAGUUGCUGGUCGAUGAGUGGGAGGAGGAGGAUAAAAGUGGGGAAUAUGGGGCUGACCACCAGGGGGGCCACCAGAGCAGAGACAACAACACAUGGAGCAUCUCAAUGCACGAGUAUCCCUCGGAAGGCUUUGAGAAGGUCACUGGGCAAGCCCUAGGAGGCACGGUAUCGGUCGAGGAGUUCCAACAGACUGGUGUACGGCUUGGGGUCAGUCAGGCUUAUACUAAGGAGGUGUUCAGUCUUAUGGCCGGCAAGGACGCCUCGGAGCUGCCAGUUGGCCACUACGCUGACCUUUAUCGUAGCUUCAAAGACGUCCGGAACCUGGCAAGGGUAUUCCACAUUCUGGACUCUAUCAAGAUGGAGAUGCGUUUCACCGACUUGGACCUCGAUCGAGACGGCUUGAUCUCGUUGCCGGAGUUUGGGUGUGGCGAGUGCAAGUCCGAUACGGUAUCGGAAGAGGAAUGUAUGGCCGUUGGGGAGCUCUUCCUAUACGUGGCCGAUGGUCUCAAUCAGUCGUCAAUUGCCCGACGGAACUGGCAGAAGCUCGUUCGGGUGGAUGCGGACACCAUACCCCCAGCGGUGGCUGUGGUGUUGGAGGGCAUGGGAGAGGUACCGAGGCAGGCCACCAACGAGGAGUUCAUAGAGAAGUACAUGGCGGAGGCUGGUAGGUACCCAGGUGCCCGAGAGGAAGCAGGGGCGUUCCUUGAUGACGAGACUGGUCAGAAGCGCAACGUUGGCUUUAUAAGGGUCGCGGCUGCAGGACCACGACUGGCCGGUUUCCUACCGAGUUCCUUCGAUUUCACUCGGAAUUUAUCAACGCUUUUGAAGCCUGGCGUCAACAGGUUGGACGAAGAGACCUUUGAGGAAAUCGGCAGACAUGCGGAGGUUGCAGGGGAUUGGUUUGAGGCUAAGUCCUUUGGGGCCCUCCUCUUCCCUGUAGGGGAGACUCUGCCGGUUGAAUUUCUGGACACGUAUGUAACGGCUAGGCGAGGCGGUUACCUAUAUGACUUGGGGGCCUCCCUCGGGGCCAUUAGUAUGGCGGCGAGGUUCGAUGCCAUUGACAUGGACGGUGAUGGUAAACUGACCAGAGAGGAGCUUGAAACCAGGGAGUGGAGGAAGUCUAUUGCGGGAACGAUGUUGUUUGCCCUCCUCGACCUCGACCGUGACAGCAGCAUUAGUCGAGCUGAGUGGCAGCAUUGGGGUUAUCUCGUGGCCCAGGCCCGACCACAUAUGCGGGCUCUGGCUCUGAGGAUUCUGCCAGAAGUGAAGAUCUCAGCGAGCGAGUAUGCUGCAAGGUAUAGGGCUGCAGUGAAAGGCUUGUCGCCGGAUGAAAUAAAGCUGGUGGAACAGCGUCUGGAUUUCGAUGCCGACGGUGAGCUGUCCGAAGCUGAGAUCGGUCUUCUGCGGGUGGUCGGCGGGGGACGGUCUUUGAGGGAGCUCCUCUAUAGGGAGUUCUUCUUUGGUUAUGAAAUCGUCAACACCGGUACGGGGGCUGGUCAGUCCUUCCUACAGGAGGCGGCCAUUGAGGAUGAUCGGACCCUCAAUGGCUUCAUGGCCCGUGUUGGGGCCCUCCAGUCGCCUUAUAUAGAGUCGGCACGGUUCGCCUUCCAAUUCCUGGAUACUGAUAGUGAUGGGCAGCUCUCGGAUAACGAGAUGAGGGAGUUCGAGCUCAUGCGGAUGCUCUUUGCUGACUAUGGCUUCCUCCGGUUCAUAGCGGACUUCACGGCCUUGACUGCUUUCAAGAAGCUGAAGGGCCCAGCGGGGGGACUGUCGCUGAAGGGGCUCAUUGACUCAGCCAAGGCGGGGGACUGCACUCCUACUGAGCUGGCAAUGGAGAUCCAUGAUGCCUUCGAGAUCGACCUGCCUGAUGGUACGGUAGAGGUUCCCUGGGCCAUCUGGAGGCUAAUUGUGUGGCGGCACCUCACCAACGAGCAUGACGACGCUUUCCUGCGAACUUUGAUGGGCGUGAACUGA